CCGUGAUCGUGACGUCACGAUCAUCCAAAGGUGGGUGGCCCAACACGAGGGCCGCGUCUGUCCGUCCGUCCGUCUCUUCCCCUUCGCACUCGAUGGCACCCGAGCGGCAGUGGACGUCCGAGCAGCUGGCUGGCGACGGCGUGAGCAAGAAGGACGUGAUCGUCUUCCUGCAGGAGCACGCCUCCGAGGCGUUCCUUGCAGAGCAGAAGUUGCUGGGGAACCUGAAGAAUGUGGCCAAAACGGCAAAGAAAGAGCACUUGGCCCAGGCUUAUGCCCUGCUGUUUGACACAAAGAGUUUCCGAGGGGAGGUUGCGGCGAAGGAGGCGUCCGUCCAGGCCAAGGACGUGAAGGACGCGGGCGCGGCGGAGGAGGUGGUGACGGCGGUGGCGGCGGCAGAGGCACCGGUGGAAGAGGGCCCACCCAAGUACACAAAGUCGGUGCUGAAGCGCGGGGACAAGGUGACCGUGCCGCGUAAAGGAGACACGGUGUCCUGCUGGUACACUGGCACGCUGGUGGACGGUACCGUGUUCGACACCAACAUCACGACCAGUGCCAAAAAGAAAAAAGCGACCAAGCCGCUGUCGUUUAAAGUUGGGUUGGGCAGAGUCAUCCGCGGGUGGGACGAGGCGUUGUUGACCAUGAGCAAGGGUGAGAAGGUGCGCUUGGAGAUCGAGCCUGAGUGGGCUUAUGGCAGGAAGGGCAUGCCAGAUGCCAAGAUUCCGCCCAAUGCGAAGUUGAUUUUUGAAGUGGAGCUGGUGGAUGUUCAGUGAAAGCCAGAAGAGAGAGCCACCCCACUGUUUCACGGAAGAAAAAAAACACAAACACACCAUCUCCGAAUCACACUUUUUACAAAUGAACACGCGCUUUUACAGGCUGGUCAAAUUCUCUCUCACCUGAGCAGUGAAUUAAGCUGCAUGUAAACAGCAUCUUUUACCGUGACUGGGGGUUCAACCCUAGCGGCUGAUCCUUUGACUUGGCUUGUUGCUGGACUUCAGUACGAGGAUGCCUUGGACUCUGAAGAUCCGUAAGCUUUGGAAUGCAUACAAGAAAUAUCGCAGCAAGCGCACACGGUGUGUGUGUGUGUUUUGGUCGUCCACAAGUAAAACCGCCGUACUUCAGUCUUGGUGGUCUGCAUGUUUGGCGAGUUUAUGUUGACUCCGUGGUUUAGUAGAAAUGGCGCGGCAAACCUUGCCAAGCCGCCCGACGUUGGGGCUUGUGGGAGUUGUUUCACGGGGAGGUUGAAUAAUAAAUUGCCCAUGAAACACA